AGAGUAAUGUUACCAGCGCUGAGAGUGUGAGGAGGCUGCGUAUCGAUCCCGCUCUCACAGCCAUUGCGGUGCACCGGGCUACACAGGGACCCAGGCAGCGCUGGGGCCGGGCGGGUGGCCGGGGUAGCGUCUCUGGGGCUCGGGGCCGAACGAGGGCUGUGUGCCGACUCUGACACGGAAAAUAAUCAAAAAUGGGCAAAGGCGAUCCUAAGAAGCCGAGAGGUAAAAUGUCUUCAUAUGCCUUCUUUGUGCAAACCUGCCGGGAGGAGCACAAGAAGAAACAUCCAGAUGCUUCAGUGAACUUCUCAGAGUUCUCAAAAAAAUGCUCAGAACGAUGGAAGACUAUGUCUUCUAAGGAGAAGGGAAAGUUUGAAGAUAUGGCAAAGGCUGACAAGCUUCGUUAUGAAAAAGAAAUGAAAAACUAUGUACCACCUAAGGGGGAAACGAAAAAGAAGUUCAAGGAUCCAAAUGCACCGAAGAGGCCUCCUUCGGCUUUUUUCUUGUUUUGCUCUGAGUUUCGUCCAAAAAUUAAAGGAGAACAUCCUGGUCUGUCCAUUGGGGAUAUUGCAAAGAAACUGGGAGAGAUGUGGAACAACACCGCUGCAGAUGAUAAACAGCCUUAUGAGAAAAAGGCUGCUAAGCUGAAGGAGAAGUAUGAAAAGGAUAUUGCUGCAUAUCGGGCCAAAGGGAAGGUUGAUGCAGGCAAAAAAGUAGUUGCCAAGGCUGAGAAGAGCAAGAAGAAGAAGGAGGAGGAGGAAGAUGAGGACGAAGAUGAAGAGGAUGAAGAUGAUGAAGAAGAGGAAGAGGAGGAGGAGGAAGAUGAUGAUGAUGAUGAAUAAGUCUCUCUUAGAGCAAAUUCUUUCUUGUCUAUAAAGCAUUUAACCCCCCUGUACACAACUCACUCCUUUUAAAGAAAAAAAAAAAAUUGAAAUGUAAGGCUGUGUAAGAUUUGUUUUUAAACUGUACAGUGUCUCUUUUUUUGUAUAGUUAACACACUACCGAAUGUGUCUUUAGAUAGCCCUGUCCUUAGUGGUAUUUCAAUGGCCACUAACCUUGCCUGGUACAGUGUGGGGGUUGUAAAUUGGCAUGGGAGUUUUAAAGCAGGUUCUUGUUGGUGCACAGCACAAAUUAGUUAUCCGUGGGGAUGUAGGUCGUUUCUCAUCUUCAGUUGUCUCUGAUGCAUCAUAAAAACAAUUGUUGUUCUGUUAACUGAAUACCACUCUGUAAUUGCAAAAAGGAGAGAGAAAAAAAAAAGUUGCAGCUGUUUUGUUGACAUUCUGAAUGCUUCUAAGUAAAUACAAUUUUUUUUAUUAGUAUUGUUGUCCUUUUAAUAGGUGCCCUUGAAAAAUCAUAUGUUUUC